AUGGACAAGUCACAUGGUAUGUAUGGGCACACCCCGUCCGACCCCGUCCUGACCCCCGCCCAUCCCCCUGCCCCAAAAUGGCCAGCUGCCCCCUGUACCCCCGCGGGUCUAUAUGGGGGGUUGGCGGUGGUAACUGAGGUGAGCAACGCGAAGAUCCAGAACCAUGUGGGCGCGACCAACACAAACAACUCUGGCGUGACGCGCUUCCUGAUCUCGCACUCCUACACCUUCGAGCAGUUCGCGUUCCACUGGGACGGCCAGGGAGAAGCCGCCUGGAGCAUUGGGAACGGACUUGUGCGCCAGCCAGUUGGUAAAGGAUGGAAUGCGGCUGUGAACAUCCAAUGGAACGGACCGACGUCGGGUUCGCUGGAUGUUUCAGGCCAAGUGUCGUCUGCCGUGAAUCGUGACGGCGCGGUGACCUGCUUCAUCAUUCCGGAAUCGACCUGA